UGGAUCACGAUGAGAGGGAAAUUUGGAGAUGCUGAGAGUAUCAAAAUAGAGGCCACUAUGUUUGAUGGGUGCGAACUUGUUCCUAAGCUUGGAGAUGACAGCUCUGGGGUAGAUAUGCGCCUUCACCUUAGCUUGCUUGUUGAUAUCUCCAGGGACGAUGGCAGUGAUGAAUUGGAGUUUUUAUGCCCCGCUUGGCCGGAUUUGUUGGAGGUUCAGAAAGUUUAUAUGCUUAGGCGCGAUGGAAUGCUGGCUAGGCCUUACAUGGGACCUGAUUUUAGGAAAUUGGAUGCUAAGAUUCAGAAGGCACUAAAGAAGUACUUAGAGGCAAGGGGGGUAAACCAUGAACUCUCUGUUUUCUUGCAUGAAUAUAUGAUGAAGAAGGAUAGAACUGAACUUAUCCAAUGGUUCGAAGAUGUCGAGACUUUUGUGGAAAAAUAGAAAAGUAAGAAGAAAGUUAAGGCAUCUUUAAGAUAAAUCCUUUCUAUGUGCCAUAUCCAAUGCCUUUGGUGAUUCUAAUCUUUGGAUCUCGGUUAUAAUCUCAAUGCUAAUGGUACUGAUUUUCAUAUGAACACAAUUUGGCAUAUAACAUGUGCUACAAAACAGCCGCAUAUUUACUUUCUCAAACUUGAUUUGAUCCCAUGCUUGAUUUAUGAGCUUAAAUCCUACAGCGAAUGGAAACAAACUGGGGGAAAUGGGGUAUGGAAAUUUGGUGGAAAUGUGAAGCCAACCGUGUCAGCAAAAUCUUUUGUGAGGAAAAAUUCGGAGCCCUUCACGAAUUCCUUGUCAAGGAACUCCUCAACGAGUGAAAAAUCUUUGAAUGUGCUGUCCUCAGACAUUGAUUUUAAUAAAAUGCCUCCUAAUGGUUCCUUGAGUAUGCUAGUUCGUGCGGUUCUAUUGGAUAAGAAGCCUGAUGAAGUUCCAAUGGCAUACUUAUCCUUGCCAGAGGGUACAGCUUCUGUGGUUGGCCUGAUAGCAAUGAUAUUUCCUGUUCAAUAUUUCCUAGCAAUGAACCUAGUACAGCUUUAAUAUUUCCUGUUCAACUGAGUUUGGUCACUUUACUGUCAAUCUGGUCCUGUUAUAUAUCUGUCGAUCAUAUUGUUAGAUUCGACUUUAAUUUGGCUUAUUUUGGUACCAUAAAAUAGUAGAUAUAACUAAUGGUUUGUUGUUUACAAAAUUAUGUCUUUGGGUGAACAUGCUAAACAUCAUGUUUUGGAAUUGGGUUGUUGUAUGAGUUUCAGAAUGUAAGUUAGCAGCUUUUUGGCA